UACAGACUUAAAUAGAUGGAGACUAAAAAUUGAACAUGGUAGAGAGACAUGGCAUUAUUUAGAUGAUGAUGAUGAGGUUAAAAAUUGGCCCCAAUCUGUCGUUGAAAAGUAUUGGACUGGAUUGCCUUUUGUAGGGAUGUA